AUGGCACGCACUCGUCCAGCGUCUGUAGCAUUCGCCUCUGAACCCCUCUUCCGCCAAUCCUCACAAUCCUCUUCUCAUACCACUCGAAGCUCCCUCACUGCUACUUCAGGAACUUCAAAAUCACGCAGGCUGAACCCGUAUAGCAGGGAGAUUGAAGGUGAAGAUGAUGAUGAAGAGGACGUUUCAGAUGAGGAAGAGGAUGAUUCGGAGGGUAUUAUUAUGGCUGUCGACCACAGAGGGAGGAAGAUAGGGUGUGCGUUUUACUCGAUGGCAGGGCAGAAAUUAAGUUUGAUGGAGGAUAUUGAGUUCCCUACCUCGGACUGCUUGGAUGCUUUAAAGUUCCAUAUCAAGCCCACGGUUCUGCUGCUGCCGUCGAGGUUUGAUGAGACAAUUGAUAAGUCACUUAAUCCCGAUCCCAAGGAUGAGUUUGCAACACCUUACCACGUUGCCAUACGCCCUACUGUUGAGUUCUCGUACGAUGCGGCUAGAAACAAGCUUAUCUCGAUCCGUAUUGGUGAAUCCAACGGGCCCUCAAUCACAAUACAGACUCCUGGGGAUAUGCAUGACAUAUCAGGGGAGUUACGUAGACGUGGGAAUUUACUAAGACUUGCCGGAUGGAUCAACGUGGAGAGCAAGGUUACUGUCGGGUGUGCUGGCGCCGUGUUGACAUACUUACAGAGGAAGGCUAGUAUUGACGGGGGUCCUGGUGAGGGCGAUGGAGUUCUGGUAGCUGAGAUUGAGAUGUGGAGUAUGGCUCAUGUUAUGUUUGUGAAUGCGGAUACGAUAUGUUCGCUGCAGAUAUUUGAGGAUGAGUCGCAUCCGAACUUCCAUAUGCAAGGCCCCAAAGGCCGUGGCAAAGAGGGACUAUCUCUGUUUGGAAUCAUGAACGGGACUCGCUCUCCGCUUGGCCAUGUCAUGCUCAAACAGUGGUUUCUACGCCCUAGUCUCUCGCUCUCCAUACUGACGUCCCGUCAUGAUACCCUUACUGCAUUCCUCCACCCUUCCAACUCCCAUGUCCUGGUUGCGCUCGGCAAGUCACUGCGCUACAUCAAAAACAUCCCCAAAGUCCUCUCAGGUCUACGGAGAGGCUUAGGUAGUGGCGGUCGUGGAGGUGAAUGGAUCUCUCUGGCCAAGUUCUCGUUUUAUGCACUAAGAAUCAGGUCUUCUUUGCAAGAGAUGAGCGGAGUCAGAGGCUUAGCAAUCUACAAGAAACUAAUGGAUUCAGUCGAUGUCAAGGCCAUCCAGGCUGUAGGACAACUGAUCCAUGACACAAUUGACUUUGACGAAAGUGCGUUGCAACACAGGGUUGUGGUGAUGAGGAACGUAGACGAUGAGCUGGACCGGAUGAAGCAGAUGUACGAUGGCAUGGAUAGCAUGCUCUCGCAGGUUGCACGCCAAGUCGCAGCUGGAAUCCCGGCUGACGUGGCCAUCAACCUGAAUGUGAUUUAUUUCCCGCAGUUGGGGUAUCUGAUCGUUGUACCCACGCGUGAAGGUAGUAGUAACGAUGGCGGAGAGGAUGAUGCGGCGGGGAGACCAGUGUAUAUGGGCCAAGACUGGGAGUUCCAGUUCUGUACAGGGACGAGCUGGUAUUAUAAGAAUCCGCAAAUGAGAGAGAUGGAUGGAUACUUCGGGGAUAUGUAUGGGCUUAUCUGUGACAGGGAAAUUGAGCUGGUGCAUGAAUUACAGGUUAGGGUGCUGAAGUAUUUCGAGACACUCACAGAUUGUGCUAUGGUCUUUGCCGAGCUUGAUUGCCUUCUGGCCUUGGCUCUGGCGGCGGAGAAGUACAAAUACUCUCGUCCCAUCAUUACUGAUGAAAAUGUCAUCAAGAUCACCAAGGGCCGGCACCCACUGCAAGAACUUUGCGUGUCAUCCUAUGUGGAGAACGAUAGCAAUAUUCUUGGAGGCAAAGGUUCGGAUGAGGCGGAGAGUAUAGAUACUGAAACUACUCCGGACACAGACGAAGCCAAUCCAGCUACACCACCAAGGACAGUAAGGCCGGUACGAGUUUGUGAGGACGAUUCCACUGUGCCAAGUAUGAUGCUUAUCACUGGACCCAACUACUCUGGAAAGAGCAUUUACCUGAAACAGGAUCCAAACUCGGGAGAGUGUUUCCAAAGCACCGACUCGAGUGACGGUGCAGGGCUCGCAUGUGGGGUAUUCGAACACCUCUUAAACCGCGGGGAUGAGAGGCCAAAAGUUCUUGCAGCCACCCAUUACCAUGAGAUAUUUGAAAACGGCUUCCUCACUGAGCACCCACGUCUGCAGUUUGCUCACAUGAAUGUUCUUCUUGACCACGAUGCAGAGGCUACGGAAGAUCAAAUCACAUAUUUAUAUCGGAUGGAGCUCGGCCGGAGCACCAGUAGCUUUGGAACUUGCUGUGCGGCCCUUAACGGGAUUGACCCGGCGAUUGUUUCGAGGGCCGAGGAUCUGAUUCUCUUGGCUGCAAGAGGUGAGGAUCUGGUUGCUGCAUGUGGUAGGUUAACAGGCGGGGAAACGAAGGAAUUGGAGGAGGCUGAGAGGGUUGCAAGAGAUUUUCUGAAGGAGGACUUUGACUUUGAAGAUGAGGACGGAGAUGAGAGUGUGGGCGAGGUCAGAGGAAAACUAGAGAAGAUAUUGGAGGGAGUUAGAAGGGCUGAAGAGUGGAUGGAGUAUGAAUAG